CUAUCCAUAAACCCUUCUACAAUCACUGCACUCGUCCAAACCACCGUAUCCGUAGACAUGGCGGCGACAACGGCGGCGGCCAUUGGCCGGUCACUUCUAACCUUACGAUCAUCCUCUUCGUUCCUUGUCAUGUCCAAGCGUCUGUUUUCGUCUUCAUCUUCCAUAGGUAGAGCUUCUCCCCUACCCGGAUUUUCUCGACCCGUCCGGUCGACGGUUUCUCUUUCACACUCCCUCCGAGUGUUCGCACCAGGUGCGGUUCGCCUGAACACUAUCCGGUGCCGUGUAACCCGCGCCGGAGGUGCUUAUUCUCCUCUGAACUCCGGUUCGAACUUCAGUGAUCGACCACCGACGGAGAUGGCGCCGCUGUUCCCCGGAUGUGAUUACGAGCAUUGGUUAAUCGUGAUGGAUAAGCCCGGCGGUGAAGGCGCCACCAAGCAGCAGAUGAUCGACUGCUAUGUUGAAACCCUAUCUAAAGUUCUAGGAAGUGAGGAAGAAGCAAAGAAGAAGAUAUAUAACGUUUCUUGUGAGAGGUAUUUUGGAUUUGGGUGCGAGAUUGAUGAAGAGACAUCAAACAAGCUUGAAGGGCUGCCUGGUGUGCUUUUUGUGCUACCAGAUUCAUAUGUGGAUGCUGAAAAUAAAGAUUAUGGAGCUGAGCUGUAUGUAAAUGGAGAGAUUGUCCAGAGAUCCCCUGAAAGGCAGAGGAGGGUUGAACCAGUUCCACAAAGAGUGCAAGACAGGCCCAGAUACAAUGAUCGAACAAGAUAUGUCAGGCGUCGUGAAAAUAGCCGCUAGUCAUCUUCACUUAUCAUAUUUAUUUUUCGUUUCAGAUCAGAAAUAUUCUCUCUUUCUCUAGUGUAUGUGGAUGAAUGAAGUAAUGGACGUGUUCAGUUUCUUUGUGCAUGUGUUAGCUGUUGGCUUUUGACACUCAUGGUUCUAUGAUUCUAUUUAUCAAUAUAUACUUAGUAAUCAAUAA